AACGACAUUUUUCCAAGAAAAAAACUACAAGGGAUUUCCCCAGUUUUUUGUUUGACAAGGUUUUGAAGAUUGUAUCUUAAAGUUUACUCAAAAGAUAGCUUCAGUCGCUGAGAGCUACUACAUACAGCCAGUCAGCGCAGUACCUCAGAGUUUUAGAGCAUAAUUUGCUUCAGUUUGGUUGAAACUAUCAUCACAUUGAAGCCGAGUUCCUUGCUCAACUGCCCUAAAGUUGUAGAGAAUGAGCACAGAUAAGCUGAUGACCGGGGACCUGACGCUUGGCGGUCCCGUGUAUGCCGAUCGGAGGUCCCGUGUGCGCCGGGCGGCGUUCCAGUCAGCUCACGCCGUGGGGGUGAUCUUGGUCGUCUCGGCGCUUGUGAUGCUGGCGCUGCAGAACUGGCAACUCAAGCAGCUGCUUUCUGCAAACGACGACAGGAUCGUGUCUCUUCAAGAGCGCGACAACCAAAUCCUAGAUCGUAUCGCUACGCUGGAGGUUCUGACCAAAGACAAGUUCUGGGAAGACAACAGUCGUCAUGUGGAGAAAACUGAGUCGGCGGAUGGUGCCUUCAGCCCCGAUACUCAAUCUGAUCCCGGCAUGCACCACAGGGAGAAGAGAGCUGCGAACAGCCUGACAAUGCCGUUUGGAGGCUGUCUUCAGGGGCCUCCCGGCAGAGACGGGAGAGACGGGCGCGAUGGAGCGGUUGGACCUCCCGGACCGCCCGGUCCCCCCGAAAUUCCUGUUCCGACUCCUGACCCACCGAAAAUGAAAGAUUGUGACGACGUCUACAAGGCAGGCCACACCACCAGCGGUCUCUACACCAUCCAGCCAGACGCCGCCGGAGCCUCGUUUCGGGUCUAUUGUGAGAUGGAAGCCGGAGUCGGCGGCUGGACUGUCCUCCAGAAGCGCUUCGACGGUUCUGUAGAUUUUGCUAAGGACUGGACAAGUUACAAAAUUGGGUUUGGGGCUCUUGUCGGCGAAUUUUGGCUCGGAAACGACAAGAUCUAUCAGAUCUCUAACGAGAAGGUAUACCUUCUGCGCAUUGAUCUCGAGAAUUGGUCCUCAGGAACGGUAUACGCUGAAUACGAUAGGUUCUAUAUCGAGGAUGAAGCAGCAAAGUACCGUCUGCAUGUUGGUGCCUAUAGCGGCACUGCUGGGGAUGGUGGGGAUGGGUUAAGCUUUCAUGAUGGUAGCAGAUUUUCAACACACGACCAGGAUAACGACGAUUAUGCGAGCGCUAACUGCGCAACUAGCUAUGGCGGUCGUGGUGGUUGGUGGUAUCAUGCUUGUGACCGCGCCAACCUGAACCAGCUGUACAAGCAUGGCGGCGGGGGGGAUAAUCACCAUGGUAUAGAAUGGACAGCAUGGACAGCUCACCGGUGGUCCAUCAAGGCUUCUGUCAUGAAGAUCAGACCUGCUCCUUAGAAAUAACCAACCACAAACUAAACCCACGGCCUUACAUUUGCUUUCUUUGCUGAAAUAAAGAGUGAUACUGGAGCAAAUCUCUUAACAAUGCAAUGGUGACAAUCAACUUUUAUCUUUAUUCUGUCUGCAUAAUCCUUUUCACGGUGAGGUAAAAUUUCAAUCCUGCGCAUAUUUUGGUAAUUCAUCUGACAUAACGUGAAUUGUGUGAAAAUAUUAUGUAAUGCAUGUACACAGGGAGCAUUAUAAACGUGGCUUAAAGUGUACGUAGUCGAACUUCAUGAGCAUAAAAAGUUUAUUGCGCGUCCCCUCCACCCACACCACACCAC